AUGUCCGAUCGUUUAACUCAAUUACAAGAUGUAGUUAAUUUAUUAGCAGAUCAUUUAUGUAAUGCAACUGGUGUUCUUCAAGAAACAGCACGACCUAGUCGAUUUGGAAAUUUUGAACAAAAUUCAUCUACAACAAAUUCUAAUGUUGAUAAUAGUGGUGAUGAUUAUUCACAAUUAUUUGCAACAUUAAUAACACGUACAACAAGUGAACUUGUUGCUUUAAUUGAUUCUUUACCAACAAUUCCAUCAACUGAAGAUGAUCUUACACAACAACAUAGACAAUUAGAAUUAUUAGAACAAGAAAAUAUUGAAGCAACAGCUAAAUUAGAACAAACAACAGAAUUAGCAGAAUAUCUUUUAGAACAAGUUCAAACAUGUUUACAAUCAUUAUCUCAAGCUAUACUUGAUGAAAGAAAAAAAUUUCAACAUGGAUAA